UGCACAACCCUGAGAGAGCAAAACCCACCAAUAUCCCAAAAAGAUAUCUAUCAAAAUGACAGGUUCUGGUUCUCCUUGUGGAGCCUGCAAAUUCUUGAGGAGAAAAUGUGUGAGAGGUUGUGUUUUCGCACCUUAUUUUUGCCAUGAACAAGGCGCUACCCAUUUUGCAGCCAUCCACAAGGUUUUUGGUGCAAGCAAUGUUUCAAAGCUGCUUGCUCAUCUCCCUGUCAAUGACCGUUGUGAAGCUGCAGUCACAAUCUCUUAUGAAGCUCAAGCUAGGCUUCAAGAUCCCAUUUACGGCUGCGUUUCGCAUAUUUUCGCUCUCCAACAGCAGGUUGUGAAUCUACAGGCACAACUCGCUUCUCUAAAGGAACAAGCAGCUCAAAGCUUUCUUAAUGGCUCUGCUCCUGCAAACCCUAAUGACAAAUAUUGUGGAAAGCUUCCCUCUCGCCCACAAGAUAUUCACAGUUGGUUUCACCAAGGAAAUUCAAACGUGGAGACGCAAUUUAAUCCGAACCCCAACAAUCAUUCCACAACAAAUCCAUACUGUGAAAAUAGAUUCAAUAUGAAUCCAAACUCUUUCGGAAAUUAUGAAAAUUCAGUCAUUUCAGGAGAAGAUGUCUCAUUUGCUAGCUUCGGAGAGGGUUUUCAUUCCAUGAGUACACUUGACAUGCAAACAGACAACCGGCAAUGGACUUUCCAAGACACUGAUGAUCUUCAAUCUGUGGCCUUUGGUUAUAUUCAGAAUUCUUAAGGAGAUGGGCUUCAGCGCCAGAAACAUAUAAUUGGUGAAGACCACUCUGUCAAUUUUGAAAUUGCUGCUGCAUCCUUUGAGACAUGCACUUCUGUUGCCAUAAAUAAAAGCUAGGAAGUUGGAAGCCUAGAAAUGUUCAUAAUUCAGAAACCCUAAAAUCCACCCUAUUCUCGUUUUCUUUAAUCUAGUGUAACCUUGGAUAUUGGUAGAAUAAUAGUGUAGUUUUCUAUCAAAGCUAGAUAAAAAUCUGGUUUUAUUCAAGCUAAUUUUAUUUGUUUAUGGAUCUAGUCAUG